UGGGACCAUACAAGAGAUGAAGCUGGCAGAAGAUGUCCAUUCCUGUGUCGCCACAGAUGGAUGAAGGUACUGAAAAAGACUAUGCUGAUACAGUGGAUGCAAAACCUUCAAGAACUGAUCGGUUAUCAAUCUUCGGAUACAAAAAGAAGAAUGAAUGGGAACCAGAGGGUUCUUCCAGUAACCAAUAUCGAAUUAUUACCCCUACAUUUCAAUAUAAUAUAGCCUAUAAGAAGCUUGGUAAAUGCAUUAUUAUAAACAAUAAGAACUUCACAAAAGAUACAGGAAUGGGUACACGAAACGGUACUGACAAAGAUGCUGGUGACCUGCAGAAAUGUUUUCGUGACAUUGGAUUUGAUGUUUCCAUCUAUAAUGAUCUCAGCUGUAAGAAAAUGAAGGAAAUACUCAGUGAAGCUGCCAAUGAAGACCACAGUGAUGCUGCUUGUUUUUCCUGCAUAUUAUUAAGCCAUGGAGAUGAGGGUCGUAUCUAUGGUACAGAUGCAUUCAUGGCAAUCAAGGAUUUAACAAUUCUUUUCAGAGGAGACAAAUGCCAAAGCCUCACUGGAAAACCCAAAUUGUUUUUUAUUCAGGCAUGUCGGGGUUCUGAAUUUGAUGAUGGGAUUCAGACAGAUUCAUGUUCUUCAGAUGACACUCUGGAAAUGGAUGCCAAUCCAAGAUACAAGAUUCCAGUAGAAGCAGAUUUUUUGUAUGCAUAUUCCACUGUACCAGGUUAUUACUCCUGGAGAAAUCCAGGGAAAGGCUCCUGGUUUGUGCAGUCUCUUUGCUCGGUGCUGAAAGAGUAUGGCAAAAAUUUGGAGAUCCUGCAAAUUCUGACCCAGGUUAAUUACCAAGUAGCAAGAAACUACGAAUCUCAGUCUGAUGACCCACGCUACUCCAGGAAGAAGCAGGUUCCUUGUGUGGUAUCCACACUAACCAAAGAACUUUAUUUCUGUAAAGUGGAGCUGCCACAGCAAGUUUAAAAUACAUAAUGCAUUACGACUUGUAGUAUAUUUUUAAUCCGAACUUUUCCAGCCAAAGACAAUCUUAGAUCUAGAGUUAAAAUUAAUACAAGUCUUUUGAAAUAUGCAAUACCAAGAUUACCUCAGUUGAUUAAUAUAAUGCUUUUCACAGUGCCACAAAUUUCUGUGUUGUUAGAGGUGACUAUUCAAUAUUUCUCUGGAGUCUUGCUUUCCCCUCCUCAUAGAAAUAGCUCAUUUUCCUAUAUUAAUUACUUCUUUUUUAGAUUUAUUGUUGUUGGAUUAAUUACAUGAGAAUAAUUGUAUUUGUCAAAUACCUCCAAUAACAUCUGCAAUAGGAAAAAAGGAGUAUUAUCAAAAUGAUAAAAUGGUAGAGAAAUCUAAGUGAGGAUGCUUAGAUGCUCUUUUUCAUCCCAGUGUACAUCUAAAAUCAUUAGGUGGGAUCCAUACCUAGUCAGAAGCCUAAAUCCAUGAAUUUGUGUGGGAUUUGAUUUCAUUAUUAUUAAUUUAAACUCCAUAAUUUCAUUGGGUCUGCUGUUAGUAGUUCUCCUGUUCUCCUUAUUUUGGCAGCCAGUUCUGUAGGAUAUAUAAAUUGCUUAUUUUUAUCCAAAAUGAAGAAAUGUUGCUGGUACAUUUUUGAAAUAAUUGAACAAUAAAUACAAUGUACAAUCUAUUCUGCCCCAAAAUAAUUUUAUAUCAAAGUCAUUUUGUAUAGUAUAGAUAUAAAGCAUAUAAAUAGAACAAUAUUAUAGGUUGUUGAUCUGUUCAAACCAUAAUUCUACAAAGCAGCAAGUAAAAAGAAUAGAAAAUUAUUUCUAUUUUCUUGUAAUUAUUUGCUACUGUUAAUGAACCACAAUUUUGUUCUCAUGCUCUGUGUAUAAUCACAAUGUUUUCACAAACAAGUUUCUCUUGCAGUGUCUUCACCCUUUGUGAUAAUUGUUGGUUCCUUAUUUUCUUAAUAUACAGCCAAUAUGUAACACUUAAAUUUUUAAUUUUCACAAGAAACCUGUAUUGUCACUGCACAUGUGCAAUAGGUGCACUUCAUAGAGUUGCCAACUUAUUGCACAAUUAGAGUAUCUUUCUUAAUGGUUUAAGAACUUUGUCCAUUUUCACAAUAUAGUUUUCAGAUGCACAUACGGUACACAAACACACACGCACUUAGGAAAAUGCCUGAAAUUUAAUCUUUGGGAUCAGGUGUUUUGUUUGUUUGUUUGUUUGUUUUUGGCACAACAACAGGAUAUCCAGUGCUCUGUGAAGACAGUGAUAAAAUACAUGACAACCAACCAAAGUAGGUUGCUGCUAUAUUGGGAUGUGGAGUGAUUACAGUUCUGUACUAGGGAACUCAAUUAUUGCUGUAUUAUAAUCUUAUAAAUAUCUUCUCCUUACCCUACAUUCUGCAUAAAGAGAAUAAAAUGUUAAAUGUAAGUACAGAAUUGUAUUAGUAAUGGGUCUUGCAAACAGUUGCAAAAUAUUCUCAAUGACUCAAUAACACUGUUGAAUUCUUAGUUUACAUUUCUGCCCUAUGAAGGUGUAUUAAGCUAUUUAUUUAUUCACAUUUCUAUCACCGCCCAUCUCCCCCUAAAAGGGGGACUCUGGGCGGUUUACAAUAAAAUUCACCUUAAAUGAUAUUUAUCAUAGCAUUCAAAAACAGUUAUUUCCAUUCAUCUUAUAAAAUGAGAAUGUCAAGUAUUUUGAAAUGCUUACGUUAACCAGCAGUUAAUACAGGAUAGUUAUAUCUAAAAAUCCCUUAGUUUAUCACCAAAUAUUCACAGAUAUAAUAAAACAGAAAUUUUCCAUUGCGUUUAUGUGAUUUGCAUAAUGAAAUUGCUGAGGAUUAUAUAAUUUCUGACCUAGUGGUUAGUCAUCAAUGACAGACACCCUUUCCCCAAGUUGAUCAGAUUAAGGUGAGAUUAUAUUUUGUAAGUCAUCUGUAUUUAACUAUUCACAUUAACCAAUCUCUGUAUAUGCAAAAACCAUGUUUCUUUGAAAAUAUGUUAAUGAGUUCCAAGGAUGAAAAUGCUAAUGGGAUGAACAUAGAUAUACAGUACAACAAA